CUCCCGAUCGCAGCCGUCUCGGCCGCCAUCUUGGUGCCCCGCCCCCCGCGGGAGCCGAGCGCCAAACUCAAAGCGCAAGAUGGCGGCGGAGAGUCUGUUCGGCCGGUUGGUGCCGGUGCAGGUGAAGUGCCAGGGCUGCGAGGACAGGAGGAUAAAUGUUCGAGUAAGGAUUGAGCUACAAUCAACAUCUAAUCCUGUUCAUAAAAAGGACUUAAUUGUGCAAUUGACUGAUGAUACUGACCCCUUUUUCCUUUAUAACCUGGUUAUAUCUGAGGAAGAUUUUCAAAGUUUAAAAUGCCAGCAGGGUCUUUUGGUAGAUUUCUCUGCUUUUCCGCAAAGGUUUAUAGAUCUACUUCAACAGUGCAUUCAGGAACAAAACAAAGAUACCCCAAGGUUUUUGCUGCAGUUAGUUUCUUCAGCAUCUGUUUUAGAUCACACACCUGCUUUUUUAAAUGUAGUGGAGACAAACCCAUUUAAACAUCUUACACAUCUCUCCCUAAAAUUUCUGCCGGGAAAUGAUGCAGAAAUAAAGAAGUUUUUAGCAAUCUGUUUGAAAUGUAUUAAGGAAGAAAAGUCGUUAUUGGAACAAAAGCUUAAAAAAACUGAAGAUGACCUUACUAGACAGCUGAGCUACACACAGCAGAGCUUGUCAGAAAAGAGCCGGGAAUUAGAUAAAUUGAGAAGUGAAUGGACGUCACAUACAACAAUGCUAACAAAUAAGCACACUCAGGAAUUGACAAAUGAGAAGGAAAAAGCUCUCCAGGUGCAGACUCAAUACCAACAACAACAUGAACAACAGAAAAAGGAAUUGGAAAACUUGCAUCAGAAAAGUAUCCAACAGCUACAGAAUCGACUGUCAGAACUAGAGAUUUCCAACAAGGACCUAACAGAAAGGAGAUACAAAGGAGACUCCACAAUUAGAGAACUUAAAGCAAAACUCUCUGGGAUAGAAGAUGAGUGCCAGAGAGCAAAGCAAGAAGUGCUGUCGUUGCGUCGGGAGAAUACUACGCUAGAUGCUGAAUGCCAUGAAAAAGAGAAACACAUUAAUCAGCUACAAACACGAGUUGCAGUUUUGGAACAAGAGAUCAAAGAUAAGGACCAGCUAAUUAUUAGGACAAAAGAAGUAUUAGAUGCAACACAAGAACAAAAGGCAAUACUGGAAGAAAAUACAGAGAAGAAACAAGUUCAUGUAGGAAAACUUGAAGCAACAAUAAAAUCGUUAUCAGCUGAACUUCUUAAGGCUAACGAAAUUAUCAAGAAGUUACAAGGAGAUUUGAAAACUCUAAUGAGUAAAUUGAAAUUGAAAAAUACAGUAACAAUUCAGCAAGAAAAACUCUUGGCUGAAAAAGAAGAGAAACUACAGAAAGAGCAAAGGGAACUGCAGGAGACUGGACAAUCUCUUAGAGUAAAAGAGCAAGAGGUCUGCAAGUUGCAAGAACAGUUAGAAACUACAGUACAAAAACUGGAAGAAAGCAAGCAACUGCUAAAAACCAAUGAAAAUGUAAUCACAUGGUUAAAUAAGCAACUGAAUGAAAUUCAGAUGGCAAGAAAGCAAGAGAUAUUGGGAACUUCUACCAUUCCACUUACACAUUCAAGCAAUGGCACUAUUAGAACUGGCACUUCACCUCACAAUAUGCUUGACAACAGACUCCGUUUUAUUAGCUCAGGAAUCAGUUACCCCAUCUCUCCGGUAUGCGCUUUCCAAAACUUUCCAGAAACCGCACCUGUGAAAAGUGCCAACCAGCAGGUUUCAGGACCAAAGGUUCAGUUUAAUGUGCAGCUUUCAAAAACUAAUAAAAGUUCAGACAUUCAGCCAGGAUUUUCUAUUGCAACUGGUCAUUCAACAAAUAUAGAAAAUGGUGAGAAUUUGGGAUUGGAAGUGAAGUAUUUAAAGAAAAGAGAAGACAGCAUUCCUUUACGAGGUCUCAGCCAAAAUACAUUUAACUCCUCAGAAUAUCCAAAAUCCUCCACAUCAACAAAAACACUAACUUCAUCAAAACCUGGAAUACAGUCUACAGCCUCUGCUUACUUCCCUGGAUUGCAAACAACAUAAUCAUUAGAUGAAAUCUUUUAUUUUAUCAACUAUCGAAGAUUUUGGAUGGCUUUUAAUUAAGAUACUAAAUACAAUUAUUACCCCUUAAAUGUCAGUCAAAAUGUUAUAGUAACUGUUUAAAAUGAGUUAACUUUACCAUACAUUUGUAUAAUCUUUGGCUUUUGUGAAGAAAGCACAUUUAUUUACAUAAAUAUCAGUAUAAAAUUCCAGCCAGAAAAGUAAAACAUGGAGGGGAAAAAUAUUAACUACUUUAAUCACAUGAAAAUAUUAUGCUACAAAACGAUUGUUUAGAAAUGACCAUUUAUAAAAUGAGGCAAAGCCUUUAAAGGUUUAUAAAUGGUUAUGGAGCAACAAAACCCCCCAGAGGAGUUUUUUGUAGUAAACAACCUAUUUUAAUCUUUCCCCUUGCCAGAAAUCCAAACUAAUGAUAUUGCUAAUAGUUCUAUCAUUAUGCUGAAACUCGUCCUGCUUGGAGUUUCUCCUUGAAAAUACCUAGUAACUUUAGGAUCUUGUUCCUGGAAAAUGCACAGCAAGCUCUGAAGUCAGUGGUAGUUGUGUUGGGCAGUUUCCUGAUACAGCAAACUUCUUUUCUCAAGUUAUUCCUACAUCGGUUUGGAGUUGGUUUCUAUACUGAAAGAUAUGUUUGUAUAGUAUUUUGAAUUUACUACCCUGGACUCCUUAGCCUCUAAAGCAACACUUGUGCCAGGAUACUAGUGUAAUGACCCAGGUCCGCUAAGACCAGGUGGUGCAUUAUAUUCUCCUUGUACAGGAUUUUGGCAGUGUGACUGCAUUAUUCCACCAGUCACACUCCAUGUAUGGAUGAAAUAUAGACACUGGCAUUCAUCUCUAGAGAACAUUUCUGUAACAUGCAGUGGAAUGUGGAGCAUCUUUCAUGGGCCUGUCUGAGUUGACCUGCUACCUAUGGAACACUGUUUCCUGUCAGGGUAUGUCUGUACUGCAAUCUCAGGGUGUGGUUGAAAUCUAAGUAGACAUACCUGAACUAGCUUUAAUGUAGCUAGUUCAAAUAAGAGCAGUGAAACUGCUUCACUCUGGACUAGCUCCACAAGUAAUUACUCAAGAUUCUGGGCAGGCCUGUACAGCCCCCACAGAAGCACCUGCUGCUGCAGCACCUUCACUGCUCCAGUACCCAAACUGGCUCGAUUGGGAAUGUCUACUUGAGCUAUAAUCACAACCUGUAAUUGCAAGUACAGGCAUAUCUUCAGAAGCUCAGUUACAAGAAUGUAAGGGUCAAAGGGGUGAGCACUUUGCUUCUGGCCUAUGACUCAUGCAAAUUUCUUAAAUUGGAAGCAUAUUACAUUUUGUAAAUGUAAGAGCUGAAGCAUUGUGGAAUCAGUGAUGUUCCUAAUAGAGACACUUCCUAGCUUUAAAAUUAUGCAGGACAUUUAUUUAAUAUAGGUUUCAGGUGGCUUCUUUCUUUGGCUUGGAAAUUGCUUUCUUAAACCAACUACUUUUUUACAUAUAUUCAUAUACUUGUAUGCAGAUUUAUAUCUUGUGGAUCACUAGUCAAAUAUUUAAAUUAGCUAUUUAAAAAUGAGAUCCUAAAUACUUACCUUAGUAAAAGCACACAACUGAGUUAUGGCUAAAAAUUUCACAUCUUGUCACAGCCCCUGGUUAUUUUUUUCCCUCUCUCUCCAUAGCAGAUUCCACAUACAAUGGGCUAGUUUGUAAUACACUGGAAAUUACAACCAAGUAUCUGAACUACUGUCUGCUUCCAAUAAUUUUAUGAAGCAUUAGAGAGAACAUAUAGAAACCAUUUCACAUUCUACUACUGUAAUCAAAGAUGCCUUCACUGGUGACUACAGUGGUGUACAGAACAUAUCAAGUAAAUUUAACUGUACUUACCACUCAGGCUGGGGUUCAUUGGUGGAAUCUGGAAUUAAGUAAAUUUCUCUGCAUCUUAUAUGAACCAUAUUCUAAUAUCAAACUAGUAAUUUAAAAUGACAGUACAAUUAUAGGGAAUUUUCCAAUAAUAUCUUGGACUAAAUUUAUGCCCCUAGCUCCUACAACUCUGUAAUAUAUUGUAUCAGAAUCUACUCUUUCCCUUAAUGUUUGAGUCCUAAUCAUCCUAAUUUUGCACAUUACUGUCCAAAUGUAUAUUAAACAUAUCUUGGAGUGUAAAAUUUGUAUAUUUGUUUAUAAUCAAUUUGUAUUAGUGUGUGUAUAUAUAGUUGCUUUUGGAAAUGUGUGUUAAUGGAAAUAUUAAAAUGGUUUCAGUAAAAAGAUGUUUCUGGUCAGCUACAGUGGACUAACAGUUAAGUGGAAACAUAUUGGGGGGAAGAGAGGUUUCACUCACUCAAAUAUUUUAAAACCAGAAUUAGAGCAAAGUUAUUUCACUACAGUCCAGACCAGAAAGUAGUACCACUCUACCAGACAGAGCUUCAUGGCCCACUUAUCAAGCUACAUAGUCCAAAAAUUUAGGAUUUACAGAAGCUGCUCAGAACAGAUAACUGAAUAUUUUUAGAAAAUGACUAGAUACUACCGCAUUGCGUGAAAGUAUUAGAAAUCAGUAUGAAACUUGAACUGGGGCCUAGAUCUUUCAAAGGAACUUAGAUGGUGUGGCACCUUGCUGCCCAAUGGCAUUCAGAGCCCAGCAUCCAGAUGCCCUACACAAUGCAUGGGGAAAGUUUGAGGAUUUACAUCUUAAGCACCUGUCAGUUAAGCAAGAUUAAUUUACUGUCACUGUUUGGUGGUGGUACAGGAUGGCCAUGACAAAUUGUUUCACAUUAUCCCAUUCAAGUCUUUAAGACUUUAAAAACCCAAAACACUUACCUCAGACAGUUAGACCCAAGAGCAAGAUGUCUGCACAGUUGCUACUUAUACAAAAUAAAUGCUCAAAGCAGCUUAGUAGCAAUUUAAAUGAGUGAACAGUACAUUAAAGUAUUAUACUGGUGGCUUUUUCUUUUAAAAAAAAGUAGCAGGAACUUCUAGGGGUAAAAAAACUAUAUGCAUAAAAGCUGGAGGGCAGGGUGGUUGGUGAUCAUGCAGCCUGAAAAGUUAGAGGCCAAACUUGGAUUGUGCACUACAGCCUAAGUCAAUGUAUUUGCAUUUGGUCAGAGCUACACUCAUGUGUAAGACUUUUUUAAUAUCACUUGUACACAGAAUGUAAUCACUGAAAUUGAUUCCUCCAUGUUAAAGAGGCAGGUAUUUUAAUGGUGAUAAAGGAAGAGCAUGCCUGGCUGUUUCAUCAAUGUCCUUCCUUUCCUGGAGGUGGCUCUGAUCCUAUUGCUAAAAGGUGAUACCAGCUCAAGCCCUACCUGUAAUUCAUUUAGUAAAGGGAAGAGUUGGUUUAAGCAGACUUGGAGACUGAAUACAGGAACCAGCAGAGAAAAAAUCUUAUUCAUACAGUAUUCAGCUGUGUACUAGAUAACAUUGUUUGAUUCUAGUAAUUCCAAGCCAGACACAGCAACUUAUUUUCGUCUGACUGGACUCUGCUUUACCCCAACACAUUAAAAUGCUGUUCUUUUUCAAGUGCUGUAUCACACCUGAUUGUUAUUGAUAAUGAAGUUAACUUCACACCAUCUGCUAUUGUGGAAAGGGCAUCAAUGACUUUUAGCAAAGUUUAACCUAAACUAAUUGCUAGAGGCUGCUGCUUGACAGUACUUUCUACCUCUUUUUCUUAUAUCAAAGAUUACUGGUAACUCCUUUUGCAGUGCUGUAGUCCAAGGGGGGAAAAGAGUAUAAGUCCAUCUUUUAAUCAGAAGUAGCCUGCUUCAGGUAUGUGGCCCCUUAAUUCAGUGGUAAAUGAGUUAAUACCAAGUAAAUUUAUUAGGGUUUUUACUUAAUUUUAUUGAGUAACAUUCUUUUAGAUGUUGCAUGGCAAGAUGGGUGCAAGAAUCAGAAAAUGAAACAUUAAGAAAAGAGGUAUGCCAGUAACAUUCACUGAACAUAUUUCAAGUUGCUCCAAAGUUAGUCCAUGAGUAAGUUUGGAUUUUGGCAACAUUGAUAUCUUUUGAGAAGUAUUAACAUUUGAAUUAGAAAUAAUUGUAUUAGUUUACCCUUUUUUUCAGGGGAGAUACAUUUUGAAAAGAACAAGUUAAUCAGUAAAUGACAGGAUCUUUUACUACAUCUUGAUUUGAGGCUUCACUAAACUAGGUAGGCCCAGUCAUUCCCCUCAAAUAUCCAUAUCCAAGUUUCCUAUGGCAAGCAAUGUGAGGUGCAGCCCACCUACCCCCACUCCUCUGAUAGUAUUCACUGGAUACAAGUUCCCAAGUAUCCUUUCUAUCACAGGAGUGGGCAAACUACAGCCCAGGGGCCACAUCCAACCCUUCAGAUGUUUUAAUCCAGCCCUUACGCUCCCACCAGGGAGCAGGGUUAGGGUCUUGCCCUGCUCUGCAUAUGCCACAGCUCCCAGAAGCAGAGGCAUGUUCACCCUCCAACUCCUACACAUAGGGGCAACCAGGGGUCUCCACAUGCUGCCCCUGCAACCAUGGCCAAUGGGAGCUGCAGAGGCAGGGGCUACAGCCAGGUCAGUGCACAGAGCCAUCUGACUGCCCCCCUGUGUAGGAGCCAGAGGGGGAACAUGCCACUGCUUCCAGGAGCUGCAUGAGGUAAGUGCCACCUGGAACCUGCACCCCUAAUCCCCCUUCCCCCGAGCACCCUCCUGCACCCCCUAACCCCCAGAGCCUGCUCCUGCACCCUGAACUCAUUUUUGACCACAGCCCACACCUCCAAUUUCAUGAGCAUUCAUUGCCCAUCAUACAAUUUCCAGAUGUGGCCAGUGGGCCAAAAAGUUUGCCCACCCCUGUUCUAUCAGCUCAAAGUUGAUUUUAUUGCUACAGAAUCUGCCAUACUCCUUUUUUCAAAACACACUAAGGCCCAGCUGUACAUUUUACAGCAUCAGAAUAAGUAUUCAUAGCAUAGGUGCAUCACACUUAGGUUUAGAGCUAACCUGAUUUAAGGUAUAAACAGCUUUCUAAUGUCAAUGACAAGUUCAAAAUUAAUUAAAGCAGAGCCCUGCAGCAGGAAAAAUUGUGUUUAAAUGCUUUUACAUAUAAUAUAA